UUCAGAUGCUGUGGAGUCUCCAACUACACUGACUGGUUUGAAGUGUACAAUACAACCCGGGUGCCGGACUCCUGCUGCUUAGAAUUCAGUGAGAACUGUGGACUCCAUUCCCCAGGGACCUGGUGGAAAGCGCCUUGCUACGAAACAGUGAAAAUAUGGCUCCAGGAAAACUUGCUAGCAGUGGGAAUCUUUGGAUUGUGCACAGCUAUGGUGCAGAUUCUUGGACUCACCUUUGCAAUGACCAUGUAUUGUCAGGUAGUCAAGGCAGACACCUACUGUGCAUAGAUACCAUUCCCAAUCUUUCUGCUCCUCCUCCAAAGGACACAGGAGAAAUCUCCUUCAUGCUUAUCCAUCUGAUCUCUUUUUUCCCCCCUUUGUACUAUAAACUGUGUAUAAUGCUAUCUUUCUGAAGAUCUUGUGAAUCACCCCACUUUACUGAAGGAGGAAGAAAAGAAAAAGUCAGUACUUGAACUGGCACAGGUAAGAAGCAGCCUUGUCUUUAAACAGAAGAAAACCUCCAAAGAGCAAUGGUUCCUUUUCCAUGGCCUACAGCAAGGCAAAGGAGGCUGCUUAUGAGGGGCUGAUCUGCAAACCAGAUGUUAGGAGAAGACUGCACUGAGGCAACCUCUGCAAAACCUGCCAGGUUGCCUUCCCCCAUUUCAUGGUCUGGAAGAGACAGUGUAGAAAAUGAGUGUUGUUCAUCAUGGAAAGAAGGUACGGAGUACAGAGUAGCUAGCACUGAAUGCAAUUGUAAUUUUACUACAGUUUGCACACAGCUAAAAUGUCGAGAUCAAGCAGCCCUGCCUCCAAGCAUCUCAAGAUGAUUUUGUAGCCAGGAAAGGAUCAUCUUCAGAAAUACGUUCUUUUAAAGGAGUAUUUUUAAUCUUAUGUGCUGCAAAGUCAGGCUUUUAAUCAGAAUCUGUGA